GUUAGCGUGCCCAUGUUGGUGAACAGUGCAUAAAGAGUUAUUGUCAGUGUAUGGGAAUGUACAGUCGUCGGAUAACAACGGUUUUCGGUCACAUUGCCAUGGCCUUCAAGAAAGGGUCAAAGACAAUGGCAGCUCCAGCCGUCAAUCCCGAGAAUGUCAAAAUCCAAAUAGGCGGCAAAGACGACCUACCUGCUGUGUUCUGCAAGAACACAAAGACAAAGAUCGGCGUCGUGGUUCUUCAGGAAUGGUGGGGAUUAAACCAGCAGAUCCAAGACGAGGCUGCAGAGAUAUCGAGAGACGGUAACUUCUCCACGAUCGUUCCCGAUCUUUACCGAGGCAAGUUAGCGACCGACAAUGAAGAAGCAAAUCAUCUCAUGAGCGAAUUGGACUGGCCGGGCGCAAUUCAAGACAUCACAGCCUGUGCCAAGUAUCUGCUAGAGAAUGGCUGCACCAAAGUCGGGGUGACCGGGUUCUGUAUGGGAGGGGCUCUUAGCAUGGCAUCUGCGGGCCUGAUCCCUGAGGUCACGGCGGCUGCACCAUUCUACGGCAUCUGUGGCGAUAGCCUGUGCGAUCCCUCCAAAAUCACUAAGCCUCUCCAAUGUCAUUUUGGUGCUAAAGAUGCAGUUGUCGGAUUCUCCGAUCCAGAAUCCCAGGAGAAACUCAAGAAGAAGCUGAACGAGGGCAAAGUGCGGCAUGAAUUCUACAGCUACGAAGCCGGUCACGCCUUCACCAACAAAACAGGUCCGAACUACAACGAGGAAGCCUGUAAGAAAGCCCUUGGAAGAAUGUACGAUUUUUUCCGGAAGGAGUUGAGCUAAACAGCAGUCUCUGGUAAUCCACGCUGAUUCUGGGACUAAAAUCCCUCGUAGCGGUUAUGAGUGACUCUAGAGUUGCAUCUUAUGGUUCAGCCAGAGCUUCAACCAGCAUAUCUCCACGCUUGAGUGUUACGACACAUACACAUAUUUAUUGGUUGAUAAAUAACACGUACUAGUAUACUCAGUGAAUCACAUCUUGGAUGGGAAAAAAUGUCGUCAUGAUGUUGACAGUUCAUAAACUUUCCGUUGUUAUGUUAAGAAUUUGAUUCCAAAUGUUUGCAGCUUCUAUGGCUUCUGUAUACGUGUGUACAGAUGGCAAUAAAACUACACUCAGUG